CCGCUGAUCCUGUUCCCCCAUUCCCGGAUUAUUAACUCGGCAACCAGAGGCGACUGGAUCCACCGAGUCCUGGCCACCGGGCCGGGGCCGGGGCGCCCGGAGCGCUUGGGGAUCCUGCAAGGUGACCAUGGCCUUGCUGGGGAAGCACUGUGACAUCCCCACCAACGGCUGCGGGUCUGAGCGUUGGAACUCCACCUUCACCCGCAAGGACGAGCUCAUCAACAGCCUGGUGUCCGCCUUAGACUCCAUGUGCUCGGCGCUCUCCAAGCUGAACACGGAGGUGGCCUGUGUGGCGGUCCACAAUGAGAGCGUCUUUGUGAUGGGCACCGAGAAGGGACGGAUGUUUCUGAACACCCGGAAGGAGCUACAGUCAGACUUCCUCAGGUUCUGCCGUGGACCCCUAUGGAAGGAUCCAGAAGCAGGACACCCUAAAAAGGUGCAACGCUGUGAGGGUGGUGGCCGGAGCAUCCCGCGGUCCUCGCUGGAGCAGUGCUCGGAUGUGUACCUGCUGCAGAAGAUGGUAGAGGAAGUGUUUGAUGUUCUUUAUAGUGAGGCUAUGGGCAGGGCCAGCGUGGUCCCUUUGCCCUAUGAGAGGCUGCUCAGGGAGCCGGGGCUACUGGCUGUACAGGGACUGCCCGAGGGCCUGGCCUUCCGGAGGCCAGCAGAGUAUGACCCCAAGGCGCUCAUGGCCAUUUUGGAGCACAGCCACCGAAUACGGUUUAAGCUCAGGAGGCCUCCUGAUGAUGGUGGGCGGGACUCAAAGGCGCUGGUGGAGAUGAACGGUAUCUCCCUGCUACCCAAGGGGUCCCGAGACUGCGGUCUGCAUGGCCAGGCCUCCAAGGUCACUCCCCAGGACCUGCCCCCCACCGCCACCCCAUCCUCCAUGGCCAACUUCCUGUACAGCACUUCGAUGCCCAACCACACCAUCCGGGAACUCAAGCAGGAGGCGCCCACCUGCCCGUUGACCCCCAGCGACCUGGGCUUGGGCUGGCCUGUGCCUGAGCCCCAGGUCCCCAGUGCCCAAGAUUUCUCCGACUGCUGUGCGGAAGCCCUGGGCCUGGACCACAUGGUCCCUGUCCCCUAUAGGAAGAUUGCCUGUGACCCCGAGGCUGUGGAAAUUGUGGGCAUCCCGGACAAGAUCCCCUUCAAGCGGCCUUGUACUUAUGGGGUGCCCAAGCUGAAGCGGAUUCUGGAGGAGCGGCACAGCAUUCACUUCAUAAUCAAGAGGAUGUUUGAUGAACGCAUUUUCACAGGGAACAAGUUUACCAAAGACCCCGUGAAGCUGGAGCCAGCCAGCCCACCAGAAGACACUUCCACAGAGGUCUGUAGGGACGCUAUGCUGGACCUGGCUGGGACUGCUUGGUCAGACAAGAGCAGCGUCUCUGAAGACUGUGGGCCAGGAACCUCAGGAGAGUUAGGAAUGUUGAGGCCCAUCAAAAUUGAGCCAGAGGAGCUGGACAUCAUUCAGGUUACUGUCCCAGACCCUUCACCAACUUCGGAGGAGAUGGCCGACUCACUACCUGGGCAUCUGCCCUCGGAGGAUUCCGGUUAUGGGAUGGAAAUGCCGGCUGACAAAGGCCCCAGUGAGGAGCCAUGGCCAGAGGAGAGGCCGGCAGAAGAAAGCCCUGGUGAUGUGAUCCGGCCCUUGCGGAAGCAGGUGGAGAUGCUGUUCAACACGAAAUAUGCCAAAGCCAUUGGUACCUCGGAACCAGUCAAGGUGCCCUACUCCAAGUUCCUGAUGCAUCCUGAGGAGCUGUUCGUCCUGGGGCUGCCCGAGGGCAUCUCUCUCCGCAGACCCAACUGCUUUGGGAUCGCCAAGCUUCGGAAGAUUCUGGAAGCUAGCAACAACAUCCAAUUUGUCAUCAAGAGACCCGAACUGCUCACCGAUGGUGUCAAAGAGCCUGUUAUGGAUACUCAAGAGAGGGACUCCUGGGACCGUCUUGUGGACGAGACCCCGAAGAGGCAGGGCCUUCAAGAAAAUUACGACACCAGGCUCUCGCGGAUCGACAUCGCUAACACGCUUAGGGAACAAGUCCAAGAUCUGUUUAACAAGAAAUACGGUGAAGCCUUGGGCAUCAAAUACCCAGUGCAGGUACCCUACAAACGAAUCAAAAGCAAUCCGGGCUCAGUCAUCAUCGAGGGCCUACCUCCCGGGAUCCCAUUCCGCAAACCCUGCACCUUUGGCUCCCAGAACCUGGAAAGGAUCCUCUCUGUGGCUGACAAGAUUAAAUUCACAGUCACCAGGCCGUUCCAAGGACUCAUCCCAAAGCCUGACGAGGAUGAUGCCAACAGGCUCGGGGAGAAGGUGAUCCUCCGAGAGCAGGUGAAGGAGCUCUUCAAUGAGAAAUACGGGGAGGCCCUGGGACUGAAUCGGCCUGUGUUGGUCCCUUACAAACUGAUCCGGGACAGCCCAGAUGCCGUGGAGGUGAAAGGCCUCCCGGAUGACAUCCCCUUCCGGAACCCCAACACCUACGACAUCCAUCGGCUGGAGAAGAUCCUGAAGGCCAGGGAGCAUGUGCGGAUGGUUAUCAUCAACCAGCUCCAACCUUUUGCAGAAGCCUGCAAUGAUGCCAAGGUGCCAGCCAAAGACAUUCCCAAGCGCAAGAGAAAGCGGGUCUCGGAAGGCAACUCGGUCUCCUCCUCUUCCUCUUCUUCAUCCUCGUCCUCUAACCCAGAGUCUGUGGCAUCCACCAACCAGAUCUCCCUCGUGCAGUGGCCAGUGUACAUGGUGGACUAUUCCGGACUAAACGCGCACCUUCCAGGUCCCCUUGAUUAUUAAACCUCAGAGCCGAAUCAGGACCUCAACUCAGAAAGACUAAAGGAAAUGUAAUUUAUGUACAAAGUAUAUUCGGAUAUGUAUCGAUGCCUUUUAGUUUUUCCAAUGAUUUUUACACUAUAUUCCUGCCGCCAAGGCCUUUUUAAAUAAGUAAAAAAAAAAAGAAAAGAAAAAGAAAAAAAAGUGUUACCUUUUAUUUUACUUUAUUUUUCUGGCUAUAUGUACGCUUUUGGUGGUGUGGCCCCGGCAGCCACCCAGGGACCGAGUCAGACAAGACACCAACCAGCUCAGGUGCCCCAUGCCAUACUCUGGAGUCUCGAGUUUCUGAACACUAGAUUGGUGGUGUCUGGGGACAGAACUUAUUUUCUUUACUGCAGCCCCAGGAGGAACCACAGAGUGCUUGCCCAGCCUCCACAAUGCCAUGGGUUCCACCCCAGCACUGCCCAUCCUGGGUAUGGUGGUGCACACCUGUGACCCCAGCACUCAGGAGGUUCAGGAGUUUCCAUUUGGGGCUGGGGAGAUGGCUUGGUGGGUAAAGUGUACCUUCCUUUACAACAAGCAUAACAGCCUGACUUCAGAACCCCAGUAUCUGGGUAAAAAGCUAUGCACGGUGGUGGCGACA